AUGCUUGCAAAUGUACAUGUAUGUACAAUAUGCAUGCUUUACAACUUACAGACGUUAAUAUUAGAGAAUUGUUCAAAAUUGAAGACACUACCUUCAAACACGAGCAAUUUAUCUAAUUUACGUCAUCUCAACAAUUCAAAUACGCCUUUAUUGGAAGAAAUGCCUCCCCAAUUAAGUCGGUUGACUCAUCUGCGAACUUUGCCUAAUUUUGUGGUGGGGAAAGGUAGUGCAUCAGGCAUUGGAGAGUUAGGGUCAUUGCAUCUUCUUGGGACCUUGAGGCUUGAAAGAUUGGAGAAUGUGAUUGAUGUUGAGGAUGCAAAGAGGGCCCAAAUAAUGAACAAGGAAGCGCUGGAAACCUUGCGAUUGGAAUGGAGUGGCACAAGUGAGAAGGAGUCGGAGGUGCUCUGUAGUUUAAAACCUCAGAAAAAGCUUCUAGAGCUCACCAUCAAGGGUUACAAUGGUUUAGAAUUCUCAAAAUGGAUUGGACAUCCUUCAUUCUCUGAUAUGACGUAUGUAAAGUUACAGAACUGUAAAAAUUGUCGAUUCUUACCUCCUCUUGGCCAAUUACCUUUACUAAAAGUCCUUUGGAUAAAAGGACUGGCCAAUGUUGAAAGUGUGGGUGCUGAGUUUUAUGGAGAUUGUAGCUUGCCUUUUCCAGUGUUGGAAGAGCUGAGGUUCGAGGAUAUGCAAAAUUGGAAGGAGUGGCUUCCUUGCAAAAGAAAUGAAGAAAUUCGAAUUUUCCCAUGCAUGGGAAAACUUUUCAUCCGUAGUUGCCCCAGUCUGAAAGGUUGGUUGCCCAAGAACAUGGAUUCAUUAUCAAAGCUGCGUAUUGUUGAAUGUGAAGAGUUAGUGGUUUCAAUUACCAAUUAUAAACAUCUUCGUGAGCUGCGCAUCGACGGUUGCAAAAGGGUGGUGCACAGAAGGGGAGUUAAGUUUAAGUUACUGGAGGAUAUGCGGCUUCAUAGUACUUCAGAGUUCAGACUCAAAAUAGAUGGGUUCAUCAGAGGAUUGACAAAGCUUCAAAGAUUGCAGAUUACUGGUUGUGAAGAGUUGACAUGUUUAUGGGAGAAUGAGUAUAGAUGGUUGCAGCCUCGGAUUUCUAAUAUUAUUGGAGGCAACAUCUCUGAUUCCCCUCCUCACUUUAUUCAAGAGCUAAGAGCGCUCAAGCAACUUGUGUUAAUUGGAUGCUCAAAUCUAAUUUCUUUUCCAGAAGCUGGUUGGCCACCUUGUCUAGAAUCUGUGAAAAUGGAGUCGUGUAAUUCUUUAAGGCAUUUUGUAAGGAAUCAGAUACCACCAAGCAUAAGAAGAAUAGAGAUAGCAAAAUGUCAAAAUUUGAAACGAUUAGUCAAGGAUGCUGGGGAGCUAGAGGGUUGUCUGGAGAAGUUGGAAAUAACAGGGUGUGCAUCUUUGACAUCCUUAUCAGGGGAAGGAGGCCGACUACCCAGAACGCUCAAGAACAUUUUGAUAAGUGAAUGUGAACAAUUGGAGUCCAUAAUCAAAACAUUCCACGAUGACACUUGUCUUGAAGUUAUUCAGAUAUGCGAAUGUGCAAAUCUCAAAUCCUUUCCAGAGGGGCUGUGCCAUCUCUCCAUUCUUCGCAAGUUAAUUAUAAGCGAAUGUGGAAGUCUCGUUUCUUUCCCGAGAGGAGGGUUGCCAUCCAACCUGACAUACUUGUAUAUCUACAAUUGUGAUCAGUUGGAAGCCCUCCCCAGAGGCAUGGACAACCUCAGCUGUCUUCAGACUUUGAAAGUGCAAUGCUGUGGAGGUAAUUUGGCAUCCAUUCUAGAAGAAGGUUUCCCACCCAACCUAAUUCAACUUGUUAUUAUGAAACCCAAAAGCUGUAAGCCUCUCUCAGAGUGGGGGCUUCACCACUUGGACAGACUCACCUCUCUUAAAGAAUUGUGGAUCUGUGGUGUAGAUCCAGAUCUGGUGUCCUUUCCACCAAAGGAGGUGCUACUCCCUAAAUCUCUCAUUAAACUCAGGAUUGGAGACUUCCCAAAUCUGAAGCGCCUAUCAUCACUCACUUCUCUUGAAUCCCUUGCCAUUUGGAAUUGUCCGAAGCUAGCAUCUAUUAUUGGAGAACAAGAGGAUCAUCUGCCUCUUUCACUUACACAGCUUCGCAUCUUUAAGGGUUGUCCGCUGCUCACAAAGAAAUACAAACCAGGUAAAGGACGACACUGGUCCAAAAUAGCCCACAUCCCUUACGUUUAUGUUGGAGACUUCUUUGAGGAAGCCGAAGCCGACCGCUGAUACCUACAAAUCAGGUUACAAGACAUGUCAUGAAAGACAACAAAGGCAUGGGAACAGUGCCGCAGGCUUAUCCACAUCAGAUAUUUAACAAUUUGACAACUAUGGUAUCAUAUUUCAUCUAAAGAUUUCUACUCUAAAUCAUAAUUGUUCUCUCUCACUCACUUUAUUGUACCCAGUAUAUUGGCAAUAUAAUUGUUCAUAGAUGAUAGUCCUUCUCCAAAUGAAUAACUGUUACAGUUUUUAUCUCCUAAUUAUUGACAAAGAAAAUCAAUUUGACUGGGAUGUUCAUUGA